CUCUGUCCAUUUCCGAGGGAUCAUUGUUGUGGCUUUUCCUGCAGACGUGACUUUGGGUGACUGUGUGCCACACACCACGCACGGCCUGGGCCAGGGCAGCAGGUGCAGCCUGUGUCACUUGCCGUUCGGCGGUGGGCUUCCCGCUGCCUGUGUGCGUGCACGUUUGGAUUUUAGGUUCGGGGGUGACAUUGUGGUUUGGUCCCCCGUGACCGCCCGCCCGCCCGGUGUUGUCAGCGUAGCUCGGAAGCGGGCGAGCGCGCCCGGGAACCCUGGAACCCGCCUUCCCUCCCGCCGUCUCCCCGUCCCCUCCUUCCGUUUUCACCUCGCAGGAGGGCGCCCGCACAGUUUUACAAAGCUCCAGGUCCUCAACGUUGCUGUUCUUGCAGGCCCGACCAGGCAGGAAGCUGGAGCGAAGAUGCCCUCCCAGUCUUUCUGCUUGGCGGCCCAGGCGCGGCUGGAUUCCAAAUGGUUGAAAACAGAUAUCCAGCUUGCGUUCACGAGAGAUGGGCUCUGUGGUCUGUGGAAUGAAAUGGUUAAAGAUGGAGAAAUCGUAUACACGGGAACAGAAUCAACCCAGAAUGGAGAGCUCCCUGCCAGGAAAGAUGAUGGCAUUGAUACCCAGAGUGGCACCAAGAAAGAAGACCUGAAUGACAGAGAGAAAAAGGAUGAGGAGGAGGCGCCUGCCCCCUCCUGCAGAGCCAAAGCCAUCCUGGAGAGCUGGGUGUGGGGCAAGCAGCCAGACGUGCGCGAGCUGAAGGAGUGUCUGUCUGUGCUGGUGAGGGAGCAGCAGGCGCUGGCCGUGCAGUCGGCCACCAGCACGCUGUCGGCCCUGCGGCUCAAGCAGAGGCUGGUGAUCCUGGAGCGCUACUUCGUCGCCCUGAGCAGAGCCGUCUUCCAGGACAGCGUCAAAGCCAAGUGGGAGAGGGGCAGCGCUCCUCUGCCUCCUGUGGACAAGAAGAGUGCCCGGCCCGUGGGCAAAGGCGUGGAAGGACUGGCCAGAGUGGGGUCCCGGGCAGCGCUCUCUUUCGCCUUCGCGUUCCUGCGCAGGGCCUGGCGCUCAGGUGAGGAUGCCGACCUGUGCAGCGAGCUGCUGCAGGAGUCCCUGGAUGCCCUGCGUGCCCUCCCCGAGGCCUCGCUCUUCGACGAGGGCACUGUGUCCUCCGUGUGGCUGGAGGUGGUGGAGAGAGCCACCAGGUUCCUCAGGUCUGUCGUGACGGGGGAUGUGCACGGGACGCCGGGCACCAAGGGGCCAGGCAGCAUCCCCCUGCAGGACCAGCACCUGGCCCUGGCCAUCCUGCUGGAGCUCGCUGUGCAGAGAGGCACACUGAGCCAGAUGUUAUCUGCCAUCCUGCUGUUGCUCCAGCUGUGGGACAGCGGGGCACAGGAGACGGACAACGAGCGGUCCGCCCAGGGCACCAGCGCUCCCCUCCUGCCCUUGCUGCAGAGGUUCCAGAGCAUCUCGUGCAGCAAGGACUCAGCCCACGCAGAGGGCGACAUGCACCUUUUAUCUGGCCCGCUGAGCCCCAACGAGACUUUCCUCAGGUACCUGACGCUCCCCCAAGACAGUGAGCUCGCCAUCGACCUGCGGCAGACAGCGGUGGUGGUCAUGGCCCACGUGGACCGCCUGGCCACCCCCUGCAUGCCCCCUCUCUGCAGCUCCCCGACCUCCCACAAGGGGUCGCUGCAGGAGGUCAUCGGCUGGGGGCUCAUAGGCUGGAAGUACUAUGCCAACGUGAUCGGCCCGAUCCAGUGUGAGGGCCUGGCCAACCUCGGGGUCACGCAGAUCGCCUGUGCAGAGAAGCGCUUCCUGAUCCUGUCACGCAACGGCCGCGUCUACACGCAGGCCUACAACAGCGACACGCUGGCCCCACAGCUGGUGCAGGGUCUCGCCUCCAGGAACAUUGUGAAAAUUGCCGCCCACUCCGACGGUCACCACUACCUGGCCUUGGCAGCGACCGGGGAGGUGUACUCCUGGGGCUGCGGGGACGGCGGCCGGCUGGGCCACGGGGACACUGUGCCUCUGGAGGAGCCCAAGGUCAUCUCCGCCUUCUCCGGGAAGCAGGCCGGGAAGCACGUGGUGCACAUCGCCUGCGGGAGCACGUACAGCGCGGCCAUCACCGCCGAGGGCGAGCUGUACACCUGGGGCCGCGGGAACUACGGCCGGCUGGGCCACGGCUCCAGUGAGGACGAGGCCAUUCCGAUGCUGGUGGCUGGACUGAAGGGGCUGAAGGUCAUCGACGUGGCAUGCGGGAGUGGGGACGCCCAGACCCUGGCUGUGACCGACAACGGGCAGGUGUGGUCCUGGGGAGACGGUGACUACGGGAAGCUGGGCAGAGGUGGCAGCGAUGGCUGCAAAACCCCAAAGCUGAUUGAGAAGCUGCAAGACCUAGAUGUCGUCAAAGUUCGCUGCGGAAGUCAGUUCUCCAUCGCCCUGACCAAGGACGGCCAAGUGUAUUCGUGGGGCAAGGGUGACAACCAGAGACUUGGCCAUGGCACUGAGGAACACGUGCGCUAUCCCAAACUCCUGGAAGGCUUGCAAGGGAAGAAGGUGAUUGAUGUGGCCGCGGGCUCUACCCACUGCCUGGCCUUGACCGAGGAUAGCGAGGUUCACAGCUGGGGGAGCAACGACCAGUGCCAGCACUUUGACACCCUGCGUGUGACCAAGCCGGAACCUGCUGCCCUGCCGGGCCUGGACACCAAGCACAUAGUUGGAAUAGCCUGUGGGCCUGCCCAGAGCUUCGCGUGGUCCUCUUGCUCCGAGUGGUCCAUCGGCCUGCGUGUCCCCUUCGUGGUGGAUAUCUGUGCAAUGACGUUUGAGCAGCUGGACCUCCUGCUGCGGCAAGUGAGUGAGGGCAUGGACGGCACCGCAGACUGGCCCCCUCCUCAGGAGAAGGAGUGCAUGGCGGUGGCGACGCUGAACCUCCUGCGACUCCAGCUGCACGCUGCCAUUAGUCACCAGGUCGACCCGGAAUUGCUUGGUCUGGGUCUGGGCAGCACCCUCCUGAACAGCCUGAAGCAGACCGUGGUCACCCUGGCCAGCAGCGCCGGCGUGCUGAGCACCGUGCAGGCGGCCGCUCAGGCCGUGCUACAGAGCGGCUGGUCGGUGCUGCUGCCCACCGCUGAGGAGCGGGCCCGGGCGCUCUCUGCCCUUCUGCCCUGCGCAGUUUCAGGCAAUGAAGUCAACGUGAGUCCCGGCCGUCGGUUCAUGAUUGAUCUCCUGGUGGGCAGCUUGAUGGCUGACGGAGGGCUGGAGUCGGCCUUGAACGCGGCCAUUACUGCGGAGAUCCAGGACAUUGAAGCUAAAAAAGAAGCACAGAAGGAGAAAGAGAUCGACGAGCAGGAAGCGAGUGCCUCAACUUUCCACAGAAGCCGGACUCCCCUGGACAAAGACCUCAUCAACACGGGCAUCUGCGAGUCCGCUGGCCGGCAGUGUCUGCCGCUCGUGCAGCUCGUCCAGCAGCUCCUCAGAAACAUCGCGUCUCAGACGGUCGCCAGGUUGAAGGAUGUGGCCCGCCGGAUUUCCUCGUGCCUGGACUUGGAGCAGCACAGCCGCGAGCGAUCCGCCUCGCUGGACCUGCUGCUGCGGUUUCAGCGGCUGCUGAUCAGUAAGCUGUACCCAGGAGACAACAGCGCCCAGAAUGCGGAUGCUUCCAGUCCGGAGCUGAUGGGCGUCGGGUCCCUGCUGAAGAAGUACACAGCCCUUCUGUGCACGCACAUCGGCGACAUCCUGCCCGUGGCAGCGAGCAUCGCGUCCAGCAGCUGGCGCCAUUUCGCAGAGGUGGCCUGCAUCGUGGAAGGGGACUUCACUGGCGUCCUCCUCCCAGAACUGGUGGUCUCUAUUGUGCUUCUGCUCAGCAAGAACGCUGCUCUCAUGCAAGAGGCGGGGGCCGUGCCUCUGCUGGGCGGCCUGCUGGAUCACCUGGACCGGUUCAACCACCUGGCACCGGGGAAGGAGCGGGAUGACCACGAGGAGCUGGCCUGGCCCGGCAUCCUGGAGUCAUUUUUUACAGGUCAGAACUGUAGAAAUAACGAGGAAGUGACGCUUAUCCGCAAAGCCGACCUGGAGAACCACAACAAGGAUGGGGGCUUCUGGACCGUGAUCGACGGGAGAGUGUACGACAUAAAGGACUUCCAGACACAGUCGCUGACGGGGAGCAGCAUCCUCGCUCAGUUUGCAGGAGAGGACCCGGUGGUGGUUUUGGAAGCUGCUCUGCAGUUUGAAGACACGCGGGAGUCGAUGCACGCCUUCUGUGUUGGCCAGUAUUUGGAGCCUGACCAAGAAGUCGUUACCGUGCCUGACCUGGGAAGCCUGUCUUCGCCUCUGAUAGACACGGAGCGGAACCUGGGCCUGCUGCUCGGGCUGCACGCGUCCUACCUGGCAGUGGGCACGCCGCUGUCCCCCGUGGAGGUGGAGUGCGCCAAGUGGCUGCACUCCUCCCUCUGCUCCGGGGGCCUGCAGACCAGCCAGAUCCACUACAGCUACAACGAGGAGAAGGACGAGGACCACUGCAGCUCCCCCGGGGGCACGCCUGCCAGCAAGUCCCGACUCUGCCCCCAUAGACGCGCCCUGGGCGACCACUCCCAGGCCUUCCUGCAGGCCAUCGCUGACAACAACACCCAGGAUCACAACGUGAAGGACUUCCUGUGUCAGAUUGAGAGGUACUGUAGGCAGUGCCACCUGACCACCCCGAUCACGUUUCCUCCAGAGCACCCCGUGGAGGAGGUCGGCCGCUUGCUCUUAUGUUGCCUCUUGAAGCACGAAGAUUUGGGCCACGUGGCGCUGUCUUUAGUGCACGCGGGCACGCUUGGUGUCGAGCAAGGGAAGCACAGGACGUUGCCCAAGUCUGUGGUGGAUGUCUGCAGAGUGGUCUACCAAGCCAAGUGCUCCCUCAUUAAGACUCACCAGGAACAGGGCCGUUCGUACAAGGAGGUCUGCGCGCCUGUCAUCGAGCGCUUGCGGUUCCUCUUCAACGAGCUGAGACCUGCCGUUUGCAGUGACCUCUCUGUCAUGUCCAAAUUGAAGCUCUUAAGUUCUUUGCCUCGUUGGAGGAGGGUAACUCAGAAGAUCAUUCGAGAACGAAGGAAAAAGAGAGUUCCUAAGAAGCCGGAAUCCACUGAGAGUGAAGAAAAAAUUGGGAACGAGGAGAGUGACUUAGAGGAAGCCUGCAUCCUGCCUCCUAGUCCGAUGAGCGCCGAGAAGAGACCCAUCACAGUCAGAUCCCCCAAGGAUAAGUGGCAGCCUCUGCUGAGUGCGGUCCCGGGGGUUCACAAGUACAAGUGGCUGAAGCAGAACGUGCAGGGCCUGUACCCGCAGUCCGUACUCCUCAGCACAGUCGUGGAGUUCGCCCUUAAGGAAGAGCCCGUGGACGUGGAGAAAAUGAGGAAGUGUCUCCUGAAACAGCUGGAGAGAGCUGAGGUGCGCCUGGAAGGGAUAGAUGCGAUUCUGAAGCUGGCCGCCAAGAGCUCGCUCCUGCCCUCUGUGCAGUACGCUAUGUUUUGUGGGUGGCAGAGACUGAUUCCCGAGGGAGUCGACCUGGGGGAACCCCUUACGGAUUGUCUAAAGGACGUGGAUCUGAUCCCACCUUUUAACCGGAUGCUGCUGGAAGUGACCUUUGGCAAGCUGUACGCGUGGGCGGUUCAGAAUAUUCGGAGUGUUUUGAUGGAUGCAAACACCAGAUUUAAAGAGCUUGGUGUCCAGCCCGUCCCCCUGCAGACCAUCACCAACGAGAACCCGGCAGGCCCAAGCCUAGGGACCAUCCCACAAGCGCGCUUCCUGCUGGCGAUGCUCAGCAUGCUCACGCUGCAGCACGGAGCCAACAGCCUCGACCUCCUGCUCAACUCGGGCACGCUGGCCCUCACGCAGACGGCGCUGCGGCUCAUCGGUCCUAGUUGUGACAACCUCGAGGAGGACAUGAAUGCUUCUGCCCGGGGAGCUUCUGCUACGGUUCUGGAGGAGACAAGGAAAGAGACGACCCCCGUGCAGCUCCCUGUCUCAGGGCCCGAAUUGGCCGCCAUGAUGAAGAUCGGGACCAGGGUCAUGAGAGGUGUGGACUGGAAGUGGGGCGACCAGGACGGUCCUCCCCCUGGCCUCGGCCGCGUGAUUGGCGAGCUGGGUGAGGACGGCUGGAUCCGGGUGCAGUGGGACACGGGCAGCACCAACUCCUACCGCAUGGGCAAGGAGGGCAAGUACGACCUGAAGCUGGUGGAGCUGCCAGCCCCCACACAGCCGCCGGCCGAGGACUCGGACACGGAGGACGACUCAGAGGCCGAGCUGAGCGAGCGGAACCUGCACCCCACGGCGGUGGUGCUCGCCAGCACCGUGAACCUGCUGCAGACUCUGUGCCUGUCUGCUGGGGUCCACGCCGAGCUCAUGCAGAGCGAAGCCACCAAGACCCUGUGUGGACUGCUGCGGACGCUGGUGGAGAGCGGCACGGCGGGCAAGCCCUCCUCUCCGCACCGCCUGGUGUGCCGGGAGCAGCACCGGAGCUGGUGCACGCUGGGCUUCGUGCGGAGCAUCGCACUCACGCCACAGCUGUGCGGCGCCCUCAGCUCCCCACGUUGGAUCGCGCUGCUCAUGAAGGUCGUGGAAGGGCACGCGCCCUUCACCGCAGCCUCGCUGCAGAGGCAGAUCUUGGCCGUGCAUUUGCUGCAGGCUGUCCUCCCCUCGUGGGACAAGACUGAACGGGCCAGCGACAUGAAGUGCCUCGUGGAGAAGCUGUUCGGCUUCCUGGGCAGCCUGCUCACCACCUGCUCCUCGGACGUCCCGUUGCUCAGAGAGUCCACACCCAGGCGACGGAGGGCCCGCCCGCAGGCCUCCCUGACGGCCACCCACAGCAGCACCCUGGCCGAGGAGGUGGUGGCGCUGCUGCGCGCGCUGCACUGCCUGCCCCAGUGGAACGGGCUUGUCAACAAGCACAUCAACUCCCAGCUGCGCUCCGUGGCCCAGAGCUGCACCGGGAAGCUGGCGGAAGGGGCCCAGCUGGAGGACUACUGUCCGGACUCGGAGAACCUCGAGGUGGGAGGCCUCAUGGCCGCGCUGGCGGUGAUCGGAGGGAUCGACGGCCGCCUGCGCCUGGGCGGCCACGUCGUGCACGAGGAGUUUGGCGAGGGCACCGUGACACGCAUCACCCCGAAGGGCCGGAUCACCGUGCAGUUCUCAGACACACGGGCCUGCCGCGUGUGCCCUCUGAGCCAGCUGAGGCCGCUCCCCGCCGUGCCGUUCAGUGUGGCCAACCUGCCCUUCACGGAGCCCAUGCUGUCGGUCUGGGCUCAGCUGGUGCACCUCGCCGGAAGCAAGCUGGAGAAGCACAAAGUGAAGAUGUUGCCUAAGCCGGCCUUCGCAGGACACGUGGACCUGGACCUGCUGCGGCACCAGCAGCUGAAGCUCUACAUCCUGAAGGCUGGCCGAGCGCUGCUGCCCCACCAGGACAGGCUGCGGCAGAUCCUGUCGCAGCCCGCGGUCCAGGAGGCCGGAGCUGCUCACGCAGAUGAGGGAGCAGCCGCAUCCCCUGACCUCGGGGACAUGUCUCCGGAAGGACCGCAGCCCCCGAUGCUCCUCCUCCAGCAGCUGCUGGCCUCGGCCACCCAGCCGUCCCCCGUGAAGGCCAUCUUUGACAAGCAGGAGCUGGAGGCUGCCGCGCUGGCCGUGUGCCAGUGUCUGGCCGUCGAGUCCACCCACCCGUCGAGCCCGGGUUUCGAGGACUGCAGCUCCAGCGAGGCCACCACGCCCGUGGCCGUGCAGCACGUCCGCCCCGCCCGGGUGAAGCGGCGCCGGCAGUCGCCCGUGCCCGCCCUGCCCAUCGUGGCGCAGCUCAUGGAGAUGGGCUUUCCCAGGAGGAACAUCGAGUUCGCGUUGAAGUCACUCUCUGGGGCCUCCAGGAACGCGUCCGGCCUGCCCGGGGUGGAGGCGCUGGUCGGCUGGCUGCUGGACCACUCCGACGUCCAGGUCACGGAGCUCUCGGAUGCAGACACGGUGUCUGACGAGUACUCGGACGAGGAGGCAGUGGAGGACGUGGACGACGCAGCCUACCCUGUGUCACAGCCCGCCGGUGCUGUUGUGACGGAGAGCCAGACGUACAAGAAGCGAGCCGACUUCCUGAGCAACGAUGACUACGCGGUGUACGUGCGAGAGAACACCCAGGUGGGCAUGAUGGUGCGCUGCUGCCGCACCUACGAGGAGGCUUUCAGUGCCAACGGGAAGGACAUCAUCGUCGACUUCCCCCAGCAGUCCCACUGGACCGGGCUGCUCUCCGAGAUGGAGCUGGUGCCUAGCAUUCAUCCUGGCGUCACGUGCGAUGGCUGUCAGAUGUUCCCCAUCAACGGGUCCAGAUUCAAAUGCAGAAGCUGCGACGACUUCGAUUUCUGUGAGGCGUGUUUCAAGACCAAAAAGCACAAUGCCAGGCACACCUUUGGCAGAAUCAACGAGCCAGGGCAGUCGGCCGCGUCGUGCGGCCGUGCUGGGAAGCAGCUGAAGCGCUGCCGAGGCAGCCAGCCGGGGAUGCUGUUGGACAGCUGGUCCCGCAUGGUGAAGAGCCUGACCGUGUCGUCCUCCGUGAACCAGGCGUCGCGCCUCAUCGACGGCAGCGAGCCCUGCUGGCAGUCCUCUGGCUCGCAGGGCAAGCACUGGAUCCGCUUGGAGCUCUUCCCAGAUGUGCUCGUUCAUAGACUGAAGAUGACGGUGGACCCUGCAGACAGCAGCUACAUGCCCUCCCUGGUGGUGGUGUCAGGUGGGAACUCCCUAAAUAACCUGAUUGAGCUGAAGACCAUCAACAUUAACCCCACCGACACCACGGUGCCCUUGCUGAGUGACUGUGCGGAGUACCACAGGUACGUGGAGAUCGCGAUCAAGCAGUGCCGGAGCUCGGGCAUCGACUGCAAGAUCCACGGGCUCAUCCUGCUGGGGCGGAUCCGCGCGGAGGAGGAGGAUCUGGCCGCGGUCCCCUUCCUGGCUUCGGAUAACGAAGAGGAGGAUGACGACAAAGGCAGCAGCGGGAGCCUGAUGAGAAAGAAGGCUGCGGGGCUGGAGUCGGCAGCUACCAUAAGAACCAAAGUGUUCGUGUGGGGACUGAACGACAAGGACCAGCUCGGCGGGCUGAAGGGCUCCAAGAUAAAGGUCCCUUCAUUUUCUGAGACUCUGUCUGCUUUGAAUGUGGUCCAGGUGGCUGGUGGUUCUAAAAGUCUGUUUGCAGUGACCGUGGAAGGGAAGGUGUACGCCUGUGGGGAGGCCACCAACGGCAGGCUGGGGCUGGGCCUGUCCAGCGGGACGGUGCCCCUCCCACGGCAAGUCACGGCGCUCAGCAGCUACGUGGUCAAGAAGGUGGCCGUCCACUCAGGUGGCCGGCACGCCACGGCUCUGACUGUCGACGGCAAAGUGUUUUCGUGGGGUGAAGGUGACGAUGGAAAACUCGGACACUUCAGCAGAAUGAACUGCGACAAGCCGCGGCUGAUCGAGGCCCUGAAGACCAAGCGUAUCCGGGACAUUGCCUGCGGGAGCUCGCACAGCGCUGCCCUCACGUCCAGCGGUGAGCUGUACACCUGGGGCCUCGGGGAGUACGGCCGGCUGGGCCACGGCGACACUACCACCCAGCUGAAGCCCAAAAUGGUGAAGGUCCUCCUCGGCCACCGCGUGGUCCAGGUCGCGUGUGGAAGCAGAGACGCCCAGACCCUGGCGCUGACUGACGAAGGUUUGGUGUUUUCCUGGGGUGACGGUGACUUCGGAAAGCUGGGCCGGGGAGGAAGCGAAGGCUGUAACAUCCCCCAGAACAUCGAGAGGCUGAACGGGCAGGGGGUGUGCCAGAUCGAGUGCGGGGCUCAGUUCUCCCUGGCACUCACCAAGUCGGGCGUGGUGUGGACGUGGGGCAAGGGGGACUACUUCCGGCUGGGCCACGGCUCUGAUGUGCACGUGCGGAAGCCACAAGUGGUGGAGGGGCUGAGAGGCAAGAAGAUCGUGCACGUGGCCGUUGGGGCCCUGCACUGCCUGGCGGUCACGGACUCAGGCCAGGUGUACGCCUGGGGUGACAACGACCAUGGGCAACAGGGCAACGGCACAACCACGGUCAACAGGAAGCCCACGCUUGUGCAGGGCCUGGAGGGCCAGAAGAUCACACGUGUGGCCUGUGGGUCAUCGCACAGUGUGGCCUGGACCACCGUCGAUGUGGCCACGCCCUCUGUCCAUGAGCCCGUCCUCUUCCAGACUGCCAGAGACCCCUUAGGUGCUUCCUAUUUAGGCGUACCUUCAGAUGCCGAGUCUUCUGCUGCCAAUAAUAAAAUUAGUGGUGCAAAUAACGCAAAGCCGAAUCGCCCUUCUCUUGCCAAGAUCCUCCUGUCCUUGGAUGGGAACCUGGCCAAACAGCAGGCCCUGUCACAUAUCCUGACAGCGCUGCAGAUCACAUACGCCAGAGACGCGGUCGUUGGGGCCCUGAUGCCAGCCAGCAUGAUGGCCCCGGUGGAGUGCCCCUCGCUGUCCUCCUCGGCACCCGCUUCCGACGCGUCUGCCAUGGCCAGUCCCGUGAGUGCAGAGGAGUGCGUGCUGGCCGGGGACAGUGAAGACAGGCUGAGCCCUAAUCCGUGGCAGGAGAAGAGAGAGGUCGUCUCUCCCGAGGACGCCGUGACCCCGUCUGCCCCCUCGGCUUCCUCGCGGCCAUUUAUCCCAGUGACCGAUGACCCCGGAGCGGCCAGCAUCAUCGCGGAGACCAUGACCAAGGCUAGCGAGGAUGUUGAAAGCCAAAGCAAAGCAUCAGGCCCAGAGCCCCAGUCCCUGGACGAGUUCACCAGCCUGCUGGUGGCAGACGACACCCGUGUGCUGGUGGACCUACUCAAGCUGUCCGUGUGCAGCCGGGCGGGCGACCGGGGCAAGGAGGUGCUCUCGGCCGUGCUGUCCGGCAUGGGCACCGCCUACCCGCAGGUGGCGGACAUGCUAUUGGAGCUCUGUGUCACCGAGCUGGAGGACGUGGCCACAGACUCGCAGAGCGGCCGCCUGUCGUCACAGCCCGUGGUGGUGGAGAGCAGCCACCCCUACACCGACGACACUUCCACCAGCGGCACUGUGAAGAUCCCAGGUGCGGAAGGGCUCCGGGUGGAGUUUGACCGACAGUGCUCCACGGAGAGACGCCACGACCCUCUCACCGUCAUGGACGGCGUCAACAGGAUCGUCUCGGUGCGGUCAGGCCGGGAGUGGUCCGACUGGUCCAGCGAGCUCCGCAUCCCGGGGGAUGAGCUGAAGUGGAGGUUCAUCAGCGACGGCUCCGUGAACGGGUGGGGCUGGCGCUUCACGGUCUACCCCAUCAUGCCAGCUGCAGGCCCUAAAGACCUGCUUUCCGAUCGCUGUGUCCUGUCCUGCCCGUCCAUGGACUUGGUGACGUGUCUGUUAGACUUCCGGCUCAACCUCACCUCCAACAGAAGCAUCGUCCCUCGCCUGGCGGCCUCGCUGGCGGCCUGCGCGCAGUUGAGUGCCUUAGCCGCCAGCCACAGGAUGUGGGCCCUUCAGAGACUACGGAAGCUGCUGACCACCGAGUUCGGGCAGUCCAUCAACAUAAACAGGCUGCUCGGAGACAGCGAAGGGGAGGCCCGGGCUCUGAGCUUCUCGGGCAGCGCCCUUGCGGCCCUGGUGAAAGGCCUCCCUGAGGCACUGCAGAGGCAGUUUGAGUAUGAAGACCCCAUCGUGAGAGGCGGCAAGCAGCUGCUGCACAGCCCGUUCUUUAAGGUCUUGGUAGCUCUCGCCUGUGACCUAGAACUGGACACCCUCCCUUGCUGUGCAGAGACGCACAAGUGGGCUUGGUUCCGACGGUACUGCAUGGCCUCCCGUGUGGCGGUGGCCCUGGACAAAAGGACGCCGCUGCCCCGUCUGUUCCUUGAUGAGGUGGCGAAGAAAAUCCGCGAGCUGAUGGCUGACGGCGAGCCCCUGGAUGUGCUCCACGAGAGCCACGGUGUUUUCAGGACGGAGCAGGACGAGCAGCUGGUGCAGUGGAUGCACAGGCGACCCGACGACUGGACUCUGUCAGCUGGCGGCAGUGGAACCAUCUACGGGUGGGGACACAACCACAGGGGGCAACUCGGGGGCAUCGAAGGUGCGAAAGUCAAAGUCCCCACUCCGUGUGAAGCCCUCGCCGCGCUCAGACCGGUGCAGCUGAUUGGAGGAGAGCAGACCCUGUUUGCCGUGACGGCAGACGGCAAGCUCUACGCCACGGGGUACGGCGCAGGCGGCAGGCUGGGGAUCGGAGGGACCGAGUCCGUGUCCACGCCGACGUUACUGGAGUCCAUCCAGCACGUGUUUAUUAAGAAAGUGGCCGUGAAUUCGGGAGGAAAGCACUGCCUGGCUCUCUCUUCUGAAGGCGAGGUGUACUCGUGGGGUGAGGCGGAAGACGGGAAGCUGGGCCACGGCAGCAGAAGUCCGUGUGACCGCCCUCGUGUCAUCGAGUCCCUGAGAGGAAUCGAAGUGGUUGACGUGGCUGCUGGAGGAGCCCACAGCGCCUGCGUCACGGCGGCGGGGGACCUCUACACGUGGGGCAAGGGCCGCUACGGCCGCCUGGGGCACAGCGACAGCGAGGACCAGCUGAAGCCGAAGCUGGUGGAGGCGCUGCAGGGCCACCGUGUGGUUGGCAUUGCUUGUGGCAGUGGCGAUGCCCAGACCCUCUGCCUCACCGACGAUGACACCGUCUGGUCCUGGGGGGACGGAGACUACGGCAAGCUCGGCAGAGGAGGCAGCGACGGCUGUAAAGUGCCCAUGAAGAUCGACUCCCUCACGGGCCUGGGCGUGGUCAGAGUGGAGUGCGGGUCCCAGUUCUCCGUCGCCCUCACCAAGGCCGGAGCCGUCUAUACCUGGGGCAAGGGCGAUUACCACCGGCUGGGCCACGGAUCCGACGACCACGUGCGGAGGCCACGGCAGGUCCAGGGGCUGCAGGGAAAGAAGGCCAUCGCCAUCGCCACGGGCUCCCUGCACUGCGUGUGCUGCACCGAGGACGGCGAGGUUUACACGUGGGGAGACAAUGACGAGGGACAGCUGGGAGAUGGAACCACAAACGCCAUCCAGAGGCCGCGGUUGGUAGCUGCCCUGCAGGGUAAGAAGGUCAACCGUGUGGCCUGCGGCUCCGCACACACCCUCGCCUGGUCGACCAGUAAGCCUGCCAGCGCUGGCAAGCUCCCUGCUCAGGUCCCCAUGGAGUACAACCACCUGCAGGAGCUGCCCGUCAUCGCGCUGCGGAACCGCCUGCUGCUGCUGCAUCAUGUCUCGGAGCUCUUCUGCCCCUGCAUCCCCAUGUUCGACCUGGAGGGUUCCCUGGACGAGACCGGUCUCGGGCCUUCGGUCGGCUUCGAUGCGCUACGUGGAAUUCUGAUCUCCCAGGGCAAGGAGGCGGCUUUCCGGAAAGUUGUGCAAGCGACGAUGGUGCGAGACCGCCAGCACGGCCCCGUCGUGGAGCUGUCAAGCGUUCCCGCAGCAAGGGCGGCCUGGCCGGCCCCGACGGCACCAAGUCAGUGUUCGGGCAGCUGUGUGCCAGGAUGAGCGCGUUCAGCCCCGACAGCCUCCUCCUUCCUCACCGCGUCUGGAAGGUCAAGUUCGUGGGCGAGUCCGUGGAUGACUGCGGGGGCGGCUACAGCGAGUCCAUCGCCGAGAUCUGCGAGGAGCUGCAGAACGGGCUCACCCCCCUUCUGAUCGUCACGCCCAACGGCAGGGAUGAGUCCGGGGCCAACCGGGACUGCUUCCUGCUCAGCCCGGCGGCCAGGGCGCCUGUGCACUGCAGCAUGUUCCGCUUCCUGGGUGUGUUGCUGGGCAUCGCCAUCCGGACUGGGAGCCCCCUGAGCCUCAGCCUCGCAGAGCCCGUGUGGAAACAGCUGGCUGGGAUGAGCCUCACCAUCGCAGACCUCAGCGAGGUUGAUAAAGACUUCAUCCCUGGGCUCAUGUACAUCCGCGACAAUGAGGCGACCUCAGAGGAGUUCGAGGCCAUGAGCCUGCCCUUCGCGGUGCCGAGUGCUGGCGGCCAGGACGUCCAGCUGAGUUCCAAGUACACGCACAUCACCCUGGACAGCCGUGCCGAGUAUGUCCGGCUGGCCAUCAACUACAGGCUCCACGAGUUCGAUGAGCAGGUGGCUGCUGUUCGGGAAGGGAUGGCCCGCGUCGUGCCCGUCCCCCUCCUUUCCCUGUUCACCGGAUACGAGCUGGAGACGAUGGUGUGCGGCAGCCCGGACAUCCCGCUGCACCUGCUGAAGUCGGUGGCCACGUACAAAGGGAUCGAGCCCUCUGCCCCCCUGAUCCAGUGGUUCUGGGAGGUGAUGGAGUGCUUCUCCAACACCGAGCGCUCCCUCUUCCUUCGCUUCGUGUGGGGCCGGACGCGGCUGCCCCGGACCAUCGCCGACUUCCGGGGCCGAGACUUCGUCAUCCAGGUGCUGGACAAAUACAGCCCGCCCGACCACUUCCUCCCUGAGUCCUACACCUGCUUCUUCUUGCUGAAGCUGCCCAGGUACUCGUGCCGGCAGGUGCUGGAGGAGAAGCUCAAGUACGCCAUCCACUUCUGCAAGUCCAUCGACACGGACGACUACGCCCGCAUCGCCCUCACCGGGGAGCCGGCCGCUGGCGACAGCAGCGACGACUCGGACAACGAGGACGCCGACUCGUUUGCUUCCGACUCUACGCAAGACUACCUGACCGGACACUGAGGUGCACAGGUGCCCCGCGGAGCAGAGCGGGGCGAGGGCUGCUGCCAGACGGCUGGAGGCCCUGGUGUCGCCUAGGACCGUGUGCGAGGAGCAUGGCGGGCGCCGCGCCUGCCCGUCAGACCCGCUGGGCAUAGCAGCAGGGAGCCAGCUGCACACGCAGGACGCCUGGCUGUCCCUGAGACCGAGGUCAUCUCACUUUGUGAUGCCGCGUCGCCUGCGGCCUCUGCGUGUGCCCUGCGUGUAGGUGUGGGCGGCCGAGCCGGGAGGCAGCACCCCGAGCCACACAAAGCCCGGCCUGCGGGUGCCCUGGGUUUCUGCCUGCCUCUCCCUUCAGGUGCCGUGCGUCGUCCUGACUGUACAUUGGAAAUACUGUGUAACGCUGAGACCGUAUUAUAAAUAUUUCAAUUAAUUUUACUGAAUUUGUUUAUUAAAAGAUUUUUGAACAUGAA